GACCGCUGACGGCAGCCAUAUUUCUCCACGAGGUUUCCAAGAUGGCCAAGAAGAAGGACGCCGAAAAGGCGACUCCAAAUGACGAAAAUAGCAAGCAAGAUAAAUCUGAAAUGGCUGAAGACGAGGAACCCAACUUCAGUGACCCUGAGGAUUAUGUAGACAAUAUUUCUGAUGAAGAAUUGUUAGGAGAUAUCCUCAAAACCAGACCUCAAGAAACAGAUGGUGUUGAAUCUGUUAUUGUUGUUGAUGGUAUUCCACAAAUUACAGCAGAUCGUUUUGAUAAACUUCGUAAUGUGGUCAGCAAAAUUUUCUCGAAGGUGGGAGAAAUUGUCAACGAGUGCUAUCCUAAGACUCCAGAAGGGAGUACAAAGGGGUAUGUCUUCAUUGAGUAUGCCAACGCUGCUCAUGCUGCUGAGGCAGUAACAUUGUUAAACAACCACAAACUUGAUAGGCAGCACACUUUCACUGUGAAUUUGUUCACUGACUUCAAAAAGUAUGAAGACAUUCCUGAUGAAUGGGAACCUCCAGCACCUCAGCCUUACACUGACAUGGGCAAUCUGCACUAUUUCUUAUUGGAGCCUGAUUCCUACGACCAAUUCAGCACAGUUUGCAACCGUGGAAGCACAGUCCAAAUCUGGCUGAACUCUGUUCCCGAACCAUCUAAGCUUGUUGAAAAAGAGAGGUGGACAGAAACAUUUGUAAAAUGGUCCCCUCUAGGUACGUACUUUACUACCAUCCAUGGUGCAGGUGUUGCCUUGUGGGGAGGACCUGAUUUUGCCCGGAAAAUGAGAUUUGCCCACCAGGGUGUUCAGUUCAUUGACUUCUCACCUAGUGAAAAGUAUGUUGUGACAUAUUCACCCACCUUUGAAGGCCAAGGCGAACCUAAGAACCUCAUCAUAUGGGAUAUUCGCACUGGUCAGGAGAAAAGAUCCUUCUAUUUGAAUAGUCAAAUGAUGUGGCCAUUCAUUCGGUGGUCUCAUGAUGACAAAUACUUUGCUAGAAGCGAUGAGGAUAUGCUGAGUGUGUAUGAAACACCUUCAUUUGGUCUGCUUAAUAAGAAAAGUUUCAAAAUCCCUGGCAUUCGAGAUUUCAGCUGGUCUCCUGUUGACAACAUUCUUGCCUAUUGGAUGGCAGAAGACAAAGAUGUCCCAGCCAGAGUAACACUCAUUGAAAUUCCAAGCCGCAAUGAGAUCCGUUCCAAGAACUUAUUCAAUGUAGCAGAUUGUCGGAUGCAUUGGCAAAAGUCUGGAGAUUAUCUGUGUGUCAAAGUUGAUAGGUACAGCAAGAUUCGUAAAGAUAAGAAUGAAAUCAAGUACAGUGGUAUGUACUUCAACUUUGAAAUCUUCCACAUGCAAGAGAAGCAAAUUCCCGUUGACAGUGUGGAAGUCAAAGAAUCUAUUCAUGCUUUUGCAUGGGAGCCUGUCGGUUCCAAAUUUGCCAUCAUUCACGGUGAUCAGCCCAACAUUUGUGUAUCUUUCUAUGGUGUUAAAACUGGACAGACACCUGCCCUUCUUAAAAAGUUGGAGAAGAAAUGCUGCAAUCAUCUAUUUUGGUCUCCCACUGGCCAGUACAUUGUUUUGGCUGAUUUACGCUCAUCCAGUGGAGUCUUAGAGUUUGUUGAUACGAAUGACUUUAAUGUCAUGACUCAACAAGAACAUUUCCAAGCUUCUGAUGUUGAAUGGGAUCCCACUGGUCGAUAUGUUGUUACUGUUUGCUCAUUUUGGAAGGCCAAGGUUGAUACUGGAUAUUCAGUGUGGUCCUUCCAAGGGAAGAUUUUGAGACGCUUCAACUCUGGAGCCUUCUGUCAACUGCUUUGGCGACCUCGUCCACCAUCCCUGCUGUCUGUUAAAGAGCAAAAGGAAAUCAGGAAGAACCUCAAGAAGUAUUCUGCUCAAUUUGAGAGUAAAGAUCGUAUGCGCUCAUCUAGAGCUUCUAAGGAAUUGGUGGAGAAACGGCGCAAGCUGUUUGAAGAAUUCAAUUCAUACCGUGAAAAAUGCCGAGAGAAGUGGUUGGAACAGAAACCACGACGCCUUCAAUUAAGAAAUAAUGUAGACACUGAUGAGAUAGAAAACGACACCAAGAAUGUAGAUGAGGAAGUUAUUGAAUUUUUCAUUAAGGAGGAAAUCACAAUCAUUGACUAAAGCUUCUUGAUAUUGUAUACUGGCCAUUCUGGAAACCUUUUUAUGUGGAGAAUUUUUAUGGUGGAUUGCAAUUGUCAUUGAGGUCCAAGUGUGUUUUGUAAUUUUGGAGGAAUACUACUAUGUUUUUCUCUUCAUACUUCUGAAUAUGAUGUUUUGUCUCAAGACACAUUUACUGUCUUGCUUUUGCAGUUCUCGCUUUUUGGUGUAUUUUGGUCAGUUGUAUCAUGUUCCAUACAGAUUACACCUCAUUUACUAUUUAUGGUUCAUGAUAAUUCCACCCAUUGUCCUUCCUGUUAAAACUCUAUUGUACAGCUCUUUAUAUUACAAUCAUCUUGGAGCAUCAAUAUUAUUAAAUAUCUUUGACAUA